CCGUAGUAGUUUGCUGUAUCCAAGUAUUGCAACAACGUUCUCCAAUAUUAAGAGCUGUAAACAUUUUAAGUCUUGAUUUGUACAUUCAAUAGAAAUCAUAUACAUUAAAGAUGGUUUUUUUUUCAAAAACUUCAAUAAGCCCUGCCUGCUUAUUGAUACUACUAUUAGUUUAUGGACGAUACACAUCAGUAACUGGAGCUGAAACAUUAUCGAAGGUUUGCUUAGGAUGCAUAUGCGAAGCUGCAUCCGGAUGUAAUACGACGCUUGGCUGUGACGAGGCUGUUUGUGGACCAUUUCGGAUAACAUGGAGUUACUGGGCUGAUGCUGGAAAACCAACCCUUACCGACAGUUCAAGUGAUAAUGGAUAUCUACAGUGCGUGAGUGAGCCAUAUUGUGCGGCUCGUACAGUACAAGGCUACAUGGAUAAAUUUUCUCAGGACUGCAACGGAGAUGGUAAAAUCGAUUGUGAUGAUUUUCUUCGUAUUCAUCGACUGGGUGGCUACGGAUGCAGCGGCCCUUUGAACUCAAAAUAUGAAAAUACUUACAAACUGUGCAUGCAGACUUUUGCACAGCAAUAAUUAAGAAAUUAUUGUAAUCCAUACAUACAUAUUUUUGCUGUACGUGUUAAGAAACCUAAUAAAUAAUAAAAUAAAGUUACAUUCUCA